AUGUGGCGGGGCCGGCGUUGGCAGCUGCUGGCGGCGCCGGGAGGGCGGCUUCUGGUGCUGCUGCUGUUCCUGCUGGUGGGACUGAGGGCGCGGAGGGCGCUGGCUAGCGGCGAGUAUUGCCACGGCUGGCAGGACGGGGCGUCGUGGCGGGAAGGUUUCCAGUGUCCGGAACAUUUCGACGACGGCGACGCCACCAUUUGCUGCGGCACCUGCGCGCUUCGCUAUUGCUGCUCUCGGCCGGAGGUCCGCCUGGAUCAGGGCACGUGCGACAACGACCGGCAACACGGCGGAGCUGAGCACGGCCGGCCGGACAAAGACUUGCCAGACAGCGCGGCAGUGCCUAUUUAUGUGCCAUUCCUUAUUGUGGGGUCUGUUUUCGUGGCAUUCAUUAUUCUGGGGUCCCUCGUGGCUGCUUGCUGUUGCCGAUGUCUGCGACCCAAGCAAGAACCGCAACAGAGCCGGGCUCCUGGAGGAAAUCGGAUAAUGGAGACAAUCCCCAUGAUUCCAAGUGCCAGCACCUCCCGUGGAUCAUCCUCACGUCAAUCAAGCACAGCUGCCAGCUCCAAUUCAAGUGCCAACUCUGGUGCCAGGGCUGCCCCCACCAGAUCACAAGCUAACUGCUGUUUACCAGAGGGGACCAUGAAUAAUGUAUAUGUCAACAUGCCAACUAAUUUCUCAGUACUGAACUGCCAACAGGCCACACAGAUAGUGCCUCAUCAAGGGCAGUAUUUGCACCCCCAGUACGUGGGGUAUGCUGUGCAACAUGACUCCAUGCCCAUGGCCUCUGUCCCCUCUUUCCUGGAUAGCCUGCAGAGCGGGUACAGGCCAAUUCAGUCGCCAUAUCCCCACAGUAAUAAUGAACAGAAAAUGUAUCCUGCAGUGACUGUGUAACUCUAAGAAGGGAAGGAAGAAACCAAGAGUCACAGCGGUGCAUCAAGCAAAGGAGUAGUAACAACAAACUGUACAAAGCAACAAUUUGUAAAUAAUUUUGGAAAACCUGUGCUUCAGAC